GGCAUCAUCUACGACAUGGCGAUGGGAGAUCUUCAGUGGAAAGGAGACGGAACUAAAAUUCAGCAGGCUGACCAAUACUGGCUCAACGUCCAAGAGAUGUUUAAACCUGGUCUUCACAUCGUCUACACUUACGCUGUUCUGGGAUAUCGUUGGGGCCGCGAAGUGGAAUCCACUGAACUUCCUUACAUCUGUGAAAUCAACAUGAACGAGGCUUAUCGGAUAGUACAAACACACAGGGAUUACGCCUAUGGGACAGACCUAACUGACCCCGUGUUGGCUCCAAGGGGUCCAGACAUGAUCCUCCAGCCCACCAGUCUGGUUGCUGUAGGUACAGCUGAAAGUGCCAGUUUCGAGUGCGUGGCAACAGGGAACCCUGCCCCAACCUAUACCAUUGUCUUCAUCGACAACGAAAACAAACAGACUGUAAUUUCACCUGACAAUGACCCCAGGUAUACAGUAACCAAUGGAAAGGUUACCAUACAGUAUCCUAAUGAGCGUAAUGAUUCCGGAAUAUACCAGUGUAUCGCUGAAAACACGUUCGGAGCUAUCCUGGGAAACACAAUGUAUUUUACUUUUGGAAGUCUAGGAAGCUUCUCAAACGUUGACAGGGAACCGGUAACCGCUCUGUCUCACGAGAGUGCGCAGAUCGACUGCGCCGCACCUAUUCAUAAACCAGCGGUAACUUACCAGUGGUUGAGGCGGAGGACUGGGUCGUAUGUCCGACCUGAUCUAACUCCCUACAUCUUCAUCUCAAGGAAUGGUAAGCUGUACUUCUCGGUCGUUUCGAAAGAGGACGAGGAUGAAUACUUCUGUAUCGUGGAAUUGGCGUCAAAUAAUGGCGCCGCAAUCGGGACCAAUCAGCCACCGAGCAGAACCAGCCGUCCCAUACUGCUUAGCGUCACUCAGCAAGUUGAGACAAUUUGGGGACCUGAGAUUGGUAACGACUUUCCUGCAUAUUUUCCCGCACGACCUAUCAGAGGACAGGACAUCUAUCUGGAAUGUUUAGCUUAUGGCAGCAUGACGAUAGAGUACUCGUGGAGCCGAGAGUUGCUGCCCUUACCAAGGACAGUUAGAUCACUAGAUCAUAACAGAGUUCUGAUGAUAGAGGGCGCGCAACUCGAAGAUAGCGGGAAUUAUACAUGUCAUGCGACGAGAGGCCAUGGUUCCCGGGUGGCAAAGACGCUCACAGUCAUCAUAGAAGCGAAGCCAUUCUUCAGCUAUCCACUUAGUGAUCGGCAUGUGGACAUCGGAAGUCAACUGACUUGGAGAUGUGAAGCAAAAGCAUUUCCAACGCCAACAUACACAUGGUUCAAAGACGGGGUCCUGAUUACGAGCAUCCCAGGGGAGAGAACUAUCAUAAAAAAUGUAAUGUUGAUCAAUAGUUUGGACCCUGAGAAGCACAAUGGGAUGUACCAAUGUUCAGCGACCAAUGUGUAUGGAGAGGUGUUUACGGAAGGACAACUUCGGGUUUUAGCUCUUUCCCCAACCUUUGCGAAAAGGCCUUUGGAUGAGAAAAUGUUUGCGGCUAUAGGCGGAAAUGCAACUAUAAUAUGUGAACCGGAGGCGGCUCCGUUUCCAACAUUUCAGUGGCGUCGUAAUGGAGGUGACCUCGGUCUUUCCCAUGGAGAUAUGACGUCAAGAAUUCGAAUGAUGCAGAACGGUAAUCUGUUUAUAGAAAAUGUGGUGCAAAGUGAUGCUGGUCUUUACACAUGUUCAGCGGAAAAUAUCUAUGGAUCUGCGUCCAGCUCUGGGACACUUUCCGUCACGUCUAGCACAGUGAUAAACGUGGUACCACAGCCAACGUCGGUGUAUGUAAACAACACCGCUUUCCUCACAUGCAGCGCUUCUGUGUCGUCUCAUAUUGAAUUCGUCCAGACAUGGAACUUCAAUGGCGAGACUCUUGAUCUCGACAAUAAUCGGCAUUAUUUCUUGGGUACAUCACAGAAUGUUCAAGGCUUAUAUAUACGGCUCGCUCAAGAAAAACACGCGGGAGAAUAUGAAUGCGUCGUCAUAACUACUAUGGAUACGUCACGUGCGAGCGCCCGUCUGACUGUUUUAGGACAACCCGGCCCACCUGCUGGCGUGUAUGCAGACACCACCACCAUCUCGACAAGUUCCAUGAGGAUCAAAUGGAGUGUAGGCGCUUUGAAUGGUCUACCUGUAGAUUUCUAUAUGGUGGAGGCCAGGUCAGAGCAGGGACAUUCCUGGACUGUUGUAAUACCAUAUAUCGCCGACGUAGACACAAUCAUCCCUACAAGCGACAAGCACAUGGCUGAGGUAACAGGUCUGAAGCCUGGCGUCGGAUACAUAUUCCGUGUGUCGGCAGCCAACUCCUUAGGGAUUGGAGAGCCCAGCAAGCCGUCUGACAUAUUCCAGACACUCCAGGCUGCUCCGUCCGUAGCCCCGAGUGAAGUUGGGGGCGGCGGAGGAAGUGUCGGGGACCUCACCAUUACCUGGCUGCCUGUAGCAGAGGAAGACUGGGGUGGGGCUGUUGUGACGUAUACCGUUUACUGGCGUCGUCUAGGGAACUCUAAUGAGGUAUCCUGGGUAAAGAGGACAGAAAUCCCAUCCGAUGUUGGAAAUCAUGUACAGACCGUCGGACAAGAAUUUUACUAUACACAGUAUGAGGUAAAAGUUCAGGCAGUAAACAGUUUCGGCAAGGGACCCAACUCCACCAUUUCUGUAAUUUAUUCGGCGGAGGACUUGCCUAUAGCAGUGGCCACUAACAUAAGAGCAUGGAGACACAAUGCUACAGCCAUCCUUGUGGUGUGGGAUCCCAUUCCUGAUGAAAGGGAGAUAAUGCGGGGAAAACUACUCGGCUACCAGGUGAAUUACUUUGAGAGGAAUGACACCAAUCCUAUUAUUAACUCAAUCAGCUGGAGGACGCACGAACCCGAAGGCCUGGUAAUAGGUCUACUACCGUACACGUGGUACACGUUCGACGUCCAAGUUCUCAACACCGCCGGGAUGGGACAGAUUAGUGAAAAAUUUCAUCAGCGUACAUAUCAAAAUGCUCCUGUUCUUUAUCCGACUGAAGCACAAGUGUACUCACAUGGGGUUAACAGUGUGUUAGUGAAGUGGAGGGGCGUGUCUACCGGUGUUUAUGAGGAACCUCUCCAGGGAUUCAAGGUGAGAUACUGGUUGAGCAAUGAUGAUAUAAGGACGGCUAAAGACGUAGUUGUGGACAAGGUGGACGAGGCUAUUAUCUACGGUGUGGAGAAAAACAAUCUUUACAAACUACGUAUUCUAGGAUAUAGCCAGGGAGGAGAUGGUAACCUCGGCGAGACUAUCUACUUUACUCUAGGGGGCAUGGUGUACGUUGACCCGGCGGUAUCGGAGAUUCGAGCGUCGGCUGAACGAUCAACGAUGUCAUUCACUGUUCUGAUACUAAGUAUCAUGUCUGCUAUAUUAAUGCUAUGA